GGCCUCUUUUACUUUCCUUUUCCUUUGUAUGUUCUUUGUGUUACAUUGUUUAAGUGCACAUAUAAUUUUUCCCUGAUGGAGUCCCUCUCCUCGCUCGUCUCCUCUGCCUGGGGCUCGCUCGGCUUCUGGAAAGCCGCAGCCAUCUUCUUUGCCCUGCUCAACCUGAAGACGUUCCCCAUGGUGUGGCAUAUCCGCGUAUACCGCUACUUCUUCAAACAUGGCUACCUGAUCACCCCCGCCGUCGAGCAGCCCGCGCGACCCAGCACCGAGCUUCUCGACCCCGUCAGCAUCUACUCGCGCGCACCCAUCAUGGAACUCGACUUCAACAUGCACAAGUCGAACUCGACGUACUUCUCGGACCUGGACGUUUCGCGAACGGCGCUGAUGUCCAACAUCGUGGUCAAGGGCGCCGCGCUCCUCGAAAAGCAACUCGCGGCCAACGGCAAGCGCGGCCCUCUCGGCUUCAUCCUCGGCAGCGUCUACACCAGCUUCAAGCGUGAAAUCCCCGCCUACAUGAAAUACGAGGUCAAGUCGCAUGUCGCCAGCUACGAUAACAAGUGGAUCUACAUCGUGACGUAUUUCCUGAAGCCCGGCAAGAAGGGUCGCGUGCUGGACGCCGAGGCGUUGAAGAAGAAGCUGUACGCGGUCUCGAUCAGUCGCUAUGUGUUGAAGAAGGGACGGUAUACGGUGCCGCCGAAGGAUGCGUUCCAGGCCGCUGGAUAUACCCCUUUGUUGGACGUUGUGGCCGCUAAUGGUAAUGGGCACGCGACCGGGGCUGAGAAUGGUGUCGCUGACGGCGACAUUACUCAGCGCAAGGGUGCUGAGGCGAAGGAUGGAGAGUGGGAGAGACUCAAGGAGGAGAUUGACCGCGGUUUGGCGGUUGUCGAGCCGUUUAUUAACCAGGAGGAGAAGCUGAUGGAGGAGUAUGUGCAUAAGAUGAGCCUGCCUGGGUUUGCCUGAGGCUUAUAGAUUAGAUUAGAUUAGAUGGAUAGAUUAGCCCUGGGAUGCCUGCAUGUAUAAACUGCUUUCAACAUUUAC